AUGUCCGCUGCCGACAUCCCACGCUGUGUUGAGUGCGGUGGCCGUGGCGUAGGGCUAGUCGCCAACCCGCAGAAGCUCUGUACCCACUGCGCACGUGUGACCAAGGCCUUCUUCGACCCGGACGCCAACAAGUUCUGCAGGGACGAAGGUUUCGUGGACAUCUCACCCAAUGCUGACGGCGGCGUACUCAAGAAGAUCAUUAAGGAGGGGGAGCUGAGUGGCAAACUAAAGCUGGAAGAGGGAUGUCCGACCUUCGUGCAUUAUGUGGGAAGGCUCAUGGACGGAUCCAUCUUCGACACGACUCGUGAUAAAAUUGACGGGAAGCACGUGGGCGGCACAGAUGACCCGUUCGAGUUCCAGUUGGAAAAGGUGAUCAAGGGCUGGGAUAUUGGCGUAGCGACGAUGAAUGAGGGCGAGGUUGCACGGUUCAUUAUUGCUCCAGAGUACGGCUACGGCCAUGAAGGCUUCGCACCCAAAGUGGAGCCGGACGAGACACUGGACUUUGAGAUUGAGCUACUAAGCUUCAAAGAUCCGCUGCCUCGUUUCCCGACGCAAGCCGAGCUCGCAGAAUCUCGCAAGAAGCAGCAAGAGGAAGACAAGAAAAUGAUGGACGAGAACCCACCGCCUACAGUUGAUGAGCGUAUUGAGAGUGCUUUGGAGCAGAAGGAGAAGGGAAAUGCGUUGAUCGCUAAAAAGGACUACGAACAAGCGCAAAAGUGCUACGACUCAGGAUUCGUACACAUUUUCUACGCCAAGGAGGAGUGGGAGAACUUUGUGUCGCAGGAAGACAAGGACAAGGUCAACAAGGUGAAGCUGGUGCUGUACCUCAACCGAGCGCUGUGCAAGAUCAAACUCAUGAAGAUCGAAGAUGCGCUCUGGGACUGCGACCAGGCUAUUCUCCUCGACCCGAAGAACAGUAAGGGUCAUUUCCGUCGAGGUCUCGUUUUCACUGAGAAGCUCAAGGCCGAGCUGGAGAAGGAAAAGAAGGGCGAGUUCUGGAUCGUCGACAAAGGUUUCGAGUACGCAAACGACGCUGAAAAGAGUCUGGACAAAGCCAAAGAGCUUCUUGGCGAGUCCAACGACAGCAAGAUGCACCACGCGCUGGCUGACCUCAAGCGGAGCCAUGCGCUGCUGAACAAGUACGCGAUCAAGUACAAAGAGGACGAGAAGAAACUGUACAAGGAGAAGAUCUUCGACCGUCUGCAAGCGAAGAACAAGGAGCUCGAGAAGCAGGAGAAACUCAAAGCCGAGGCCGAGGAGUUCGACGAUAUGCCUGCACUCGAGUAAAAAAAGAGGCUAAGUUGCGGUCGAGAAUGUUGUCACUUUCUUAGUUUUUU